AGGGCAACACAAGAAUCGUACAAGUACCUGCAACUAAACCCUAGGGUUUAAGAAAAUCCUCUUUCUCCACCCCUAAACACAGCCUUCUCCCUGAUUUUCCGUCUUCAAAAUCGCAUGUAUAAAUAUAAUUCACAUACCAUACAUCUCAAAAGCCAUGAAAUUAUCGGCCUCAAGAACCCCAAAUUCUUCUGCUGCUGAAAAUGGUUGGUUUCUUGCAGAAUCCCGCUGUUGAAGUAGCAAAAGCGGACGAGGACGAAGGCGUCGUCAAGAACCAAUCUUCAUCGGAUCCCAAGAAAGCAAACGACAUCUUCCUUCCGGAGCUGGACGAUUUCCCCUCUUCGUUUUCGGAUUCGUAUCUUGAUUUUGAGGCCCUCAGCGGUUGGUUCACGGAAGGAGGCGGGGCGGAUAUGGCUGAUUUGGGAGGAGAAAUAGUCGAUUUCGAAUCGCUGCGAUGUGAAUUAGUUGAUAUCAAGAAGGAAUUUGAGGUUUUCGGCGAUGCGGUUUGUCUAGGGGAUGGAAAUGGGGAGGGUUCGAGUGUGAAGGAGGCGGAGUCUCCGUGUAGUUUAGGGCUUGAAGAUGGAGAAAUUGGGGCUUUUGAGAUAUGUGGUGAAAAGGGUAGUCAGAGAAUGAGUGUUGCAGGAGAUGGAAGUGAGAGGAAGUUGGGGGAUUUAGGGUGUUUGAUUGAGGAGCAGCUUGGGAAAGUGAGCUUAGAUGGUGCAGCAAAAAAUCUAUGUGUUCCAGUUGUUGAUUCGGUGAGUAAUGCUGGUGAAGAAGUCGUAGUUGACGACGGCUCUAAGAGUGUGAAAAUGGCUGUUGCUCGUUGUGAUGGUAUGAAGAGUGAUGGUGAAGUGGUGGGAGUUGGUGAGAGUGAGAAUAAGGUUGAUGAGAGUGGGAGAGGUGAGGUGUCUGAGGAUGAGAGCUCGUCGGACUCAUCAUCUUCGUCUUCCUCUUCAUCGUCUAGUGAGGACGAGGAUGGUGGCAAGAAGAAAGGCAAGAACGAGGAGGGUAGCGUUGAUGAAGAGACUGAAGUAGAAGAUGGUGAGAUUAUGUUGUCUGAGCUGGAAGAGAUGGUUGCUUGGAGUGAUGCUGAAGAUGAUGAUGGUGGUGGUGGAGGCGGGCCGAUCAAAUCUAAGAAUGAGCUCAAGGAUCUCCCUCCAGUUCCUUCUGUCAAUGUGACAUUGGAACCACAUCAUGAAACCCUUCCGGUUGGAACGAUUUUGUCGAUCAUUGACUCCCAAGUAAUUGUGGAAGGGGUCGAGAAACACAAUCCUCUCAACGAAGGCUCUAUUCUUUGGAUCACUGAAAGUAGAUCCCCUCUGGGGAUCAUCGAUGAAAUCUUUGGGCCCGUCAAGAACCCUUACUACAUUGUGAGAUACAACUCCGAGGAUGAAGUCCCCACGGGGAUCCAGCAAGGCACCUUGAUCUCGUUCGUUGCAGAGUUUGCAGAUCAUGUACUGAAUAACAAGAAUCUCUACAAGAAAGGGUAUGAUGCGUCUAAUGAGAACGACGAGGAAUUGUCUGAAGAUGGCGAAUUCUCAGAUGACGAGAAAGAGGCCGAGUACAGGAGGAUGCUGAAGAUGAAGAAAAGGGGGACUAAUGAUUCCAAGCCCGGAAACAAGAGGAAGGAGAAACGGCAGCAGAAGAAUCAGAACGGGAACAGGAACUGGAACAAUAACCGUGAUUCUACAGCUCAAACUCCUCCACAAGACCAACGUUUUGCUCCUCGAGUUGGAAUUUCAGUAAACCAAGACAACCACCACCUAGGCUCGUCGGGCUCUAGGCAAGGUUUUGUUGGUGAUCAAGGCCCGGUUCCUCCAUUCCAACACAGACCUCAAGCACCGGCCUUUCCUACUCCGAAUGGAAAUUGGAACAAUGGGUUUCCACAACACCAGCAACAAAAUGCAAACCUUCUUGCUGGGCUGCCGCCAAACGGUAUGCUGUGGAUGCAGCAAAACCUACCUUUCCUAUACCCGGCACCUUUACAAACCGGUGGUGCAGCGUUUCAACAGCAAAUUGGUAUGAUUCCCGGGAUGUCACCAGCCUUCAAUCCACUGGCUGGACUGCCAAACAUUGGCGGGGCGAUUCCACCUUGGCCUAUGGGUCAGAACACGUUGAAUCCGUCUCAGUUUGGAAUGCAGGGCCAGCAAGGUCCACCGCCGCCUCUGAAUGGUGGCGGAGAGCAAGCAGUUCAUCCUCAGGGAUCCCAAGAUAGUCGUGGUUUGCAGUCGCCACCUCCGGCCUUCAGUUUCAAUGGAGGCCGCGGUGGCCGUGGCAGCGGUGGCCGUGGUGGAGGAAGGGGGAAUCACAGAGGCCGUGGGCGUCACGGUGGUGGGAGAGGCAGGCAUUCUUGAUCCCUUUACCAAUUCCCAGCAAAAUUUGAAGUGGGAUUUAGAUUAACAUAAGCUAUUACCUUAAAAUUUCUGUCAAUUUUUGUUGUUCCCUUGCAAACUUUCUAUUUCUUGUAUUGAUUUGAUGUAUAAUAUUCAAUGUUGUUUAUUUUAUAUAAA